CGUUACAUUAGCUACAAGCGUGUUAACCAAACCUUCUUCCAAAUUUUAGGUUAAGGUUAUACAAAUCAAAAUCUUAAAUAAAAAUGGCAUUAUUAAGACAAACUCUACAACCACUCGUGAAUUACGCGUUUCAUACACAAACGGCUAAGAUAAUAUUUAGAAAACCAGGAGUUCGACAGUUGUAUGCAGCCGCAACUCUGGGCUUAGACAAUUUCUUGUCCCAGCGAGACAGAGUAAAGGCCCAAUUAGCAAAUGUGGCACCAAAAUUUAAAGAAAAAAUGACUGAGUACACUGCAGACGAUUCAAAAAAUAUGGUAUUUACGGAAGACUUGAAGAACAUGUUACAUUUAGCUGAAACAAACGAUGAUGUAACUCUUGUAAUUAAAAUGAUGAAAAGGUUUAAUCAGCAAAAUAAACAGUUACGUUUCGGUAACUACGUCUUUGGACCUGUAAUCAUGAGGCUCUUCUACUUUCUGAACAAGCACGAGGAAGCUUUUCAAUGUUUCAAAUCAACGGAAUUAAAUGGUUUGUUUGACCAAAUGAUGAGUUAUCAAAUCCUGUUAGAUUUGCUCUACGAAAACCAGCGUUACAACGAUAUUUUGGAGGCAUUUGAAAUUAUUAAAAGUAGACAAAUUGAGGGUGUCAAGUUUGCCAGAAAUGUGGUUGUGUUGAUGUUCGCAGCUUGUUAUAAAUUGAAUACUCAACAAAGUUUGGAAAUUGCUUUGAAGUUAUGGUCUGAAAUAAACAGCAUUGGACAUUUUCCAAUGAGAAGAGCAGUAACAUUUUGUUCAGGUCUCGCGAUUAAUCAAGGCAAACCCGAGAUCGGUUUGGAAAUUCUUUCGGGCGCUAAAAAUGCGAAUUAUACUACAAUUCGAAAUUUAAAGGUAGUGGCCUUAGUUGACUUAGGGCGAAUUGAUGAUGCUUUGGCAGUUUUGAAGAGUAUUUUGCAAGAAGAUGGUGCUAGAAUGGGUCCCAUACAUACCUUCAACAUGGAUGUUAUAGGAAAACUAAAAAAUGCAGUCAAGGAGCGAAAUAAUGCCGAUCUUAGUUUAGAAUUUGAUCGUCUUGAGAAGUACUUUAAGGAUCAUGGCCACAUUAGCAACACUUUACUAAAUGAUCAAUUAUGUACAGAAAUUGCCCCACCACAAUCAGUCAGAAAUAAUGCCAAUGAAUUUUCACGCCAGCAAUAUAGAACACCAUAUGAUGAUAGUAGAAGAAAUCCGAAUUAUAGAAGACGUACAAAUGGGGGACCUGCACGACCGGGAUUAUCAGAAAUGCAUUAAUUUAUUUCUUAUUUAUGAUGAUCAAAUAUAGUUGUUUAUAAAAA